CACCAUACAACCCAACUUGACACAUCAGCAAUACCAAUUGCACAUACUUACACUUUAUACACUACAGAUACACCAUGACGAGUCUAACACUUUAUGCUGCCAAAUACCUCGUUAAACGAGCGUUAGAUUUGGAUGAUGACACACCCGAUUUGACUACUCCCGAUGAAGAUCUUGAAGAUUCCAACCCUGUGGAAAAUGAAAUCUUUUCCUCAUGGGCCUUGUUCAUCUUGCUAUUCUUACUUAGCAGUGCCCUUUGGUCAUCAUACUUUUUACAGCAACGGAAAAUCAAAGCAGUGCAUGAAACUGUGUUGUCGAUCUUUUGUGGGAUGUUUGUCGGUUUGAUUAUUAGAAUGUCACCGGGCCACUACAUUCAAGACGCGGUGAAAUUCAACCCCGGUUACUUCUUUAACAUUUUGUUACCGCCAAUUAUCUUAAACAGUGGGUACGAAUUACAUCAGGCCAAUUUCUUCCGUAAUAUAGGCUCAAUCUUGACAUUUGCCAUCCCAGGAACCUUCAUCUCUGCCUUGGUAGUGGGGAUAAUCUUGUACAUUUGGACGAAAUUGGGAUUGGAUGGGAUUAAGUUGGAGUUUGUGGAUGCAUUGGCAGUAGGUGCUACGUUGUCUGCCACUGAUCCAGUGACUAUCUUGUCUAUCUUCAAUGCCUACAAAGUUGAUCCAAAAUUAUACACUAUUAUUUUCGGAGAAAGUUUGUUGAAUGAUGCCAUCUCCAUUGUUAUGUUUGAGACAUGUCAGAAGUUCCAUGGUCAUCCUGUCCAUUUCUCGUCCUUCUUUGAAGGUAUUGGAUUGUUCUUGAUGACAUUCACUAUUUCCACAAUUAUUGGAUUCUUGAUUGGUAUUUUCGUGGCUUUGAUCUUGAAACACUCACAUAUCAGAAGGUAUCCUCAAAUUGAAACUUGUUUAAUUUUGUUAUUUGCCUAUGAAUCAUACUUUUUCAGUAAUGGUGCCCACAUGUCUGGUAUUGUCUCGUUGUUAUUUUGUGGGAUCACCCUCAAGCACUAUGCUUAUUUCAACAUGUCCCGUCGUACUCAGAUCGCUACAAAGUAUGUGUUUCAAUUGUUGGCCCAGCUCCUGGAAAAUUUCAUAUUCAUCUAUCUCGGAUUAUCUUUGUUCACCGAAGUGGAACUUGUAUUCAAGCCCUUGCUCAUUAUUAUCACCUUUGCCUCGAUUUGUGUGGCCCGAUACUCUGCUGUGUUCCCCUUAUCUAACUUCCUUAACUUUUUGUUUAGAACCAGAUUUGAAAAGUUUAGCGGCAUGAAUGCCAAUUCCAUCCCAGAUGAGAUCUCCCAUUCUUAUCAAAUGAUGAUUUUUUGGGCCGGGUUAAGAGGGGCUGUGGGUGUGGCAUUAGCCAUGGGAUUCCAAGGUGAAGCCAAGUGGACCUUGUUAGCUACUGUGUUGGUGGUUGUUGUGUUAACUGUUAUUCUCUUUGGAGGAACCACUGCGCUGAUGUUGGAAAUCCUUGGCAUUAAGGUUGGGUGUGUUGAUGAAACUGCUGACAGUGAUGACGAAUUUGAAAUCGAAGCGCCAAGAAUAGCCCUUUCCAAUAGCACAAACACGCCCGUGAUGGGCCACCGCAAGAACCAGAGCCAAUCUACACACUAUAAAGAUGUGGUUCAGCAUAGAAACCACUCUUCAAGCAGCGUAAGCUCCCACCCGGAUUUGCUUGAUGCGUUCGAUGAUGGUGAGUUAUUAAGUAAUGACAUUGAUGAUUUAAUAACAGCACCUACUCCUUCAUUACCUAACCAUAACCGAAGUCGAUCUGAUGGAGGGGCAGGUGUAUUGGGUGCAUUCCUUAGUGCCGAAGAGCAUGCCAAGUGGUUUACGAGAUUUGACGAGGAGGUGUUGAAACCGGUCUUGUUGGAUACGUUGCCCAAGAAUAGAGACGGGGAAGUAUAAUUAUACAGCUUUUUUAUUAAAUAUAUAUCAAAACUUAUUUUCUCUUUUGUUGCUCGGCAAUGGCGACAUCAAUUACCCAUUUGGCCAACUUGUACGUUUUGGGAGUUAACACCAAAUCAUUCAAUUUCCCAUUGAACUUUACACAUAACUCGUAGAAUUCAUGCAUCGUCAAAUCGUGAACUAUUCCUACGAGAUUGUUCUUGCUGUCGUCGUUGACGUAGACUGAGGCGGGGACAUAAUCGAUAUAAUUUGAACAUGCCCUUAUUGGUCGUUCAAACAAGUUUAAUACUUGACAGACGUCGUUGGCGGUGAUGGUGUUGUUUUUGUCUUCUUCAAUUGAGUGAAUGAGUAAGUUGGCUACUGCAAUCACGGCAUUCCCGAAAUUCACCGGGUUAAUCACUCGUGAUUCGGUGUCUCGCUUAAGUGUAGUGCGGAAGAAAACGCCAAUCCAGGUGUUGAGAAGUGUGGUGCUGAAUUUAUUAUAGUAGUCGCAUCCAAUUUGAUACUUUUGCCUAAGGGCAGUUAUUAACUUGUGAUUGGUGAUUUUUGGGAGGGGGAUCUUGUUCUUGGCAAGGAUGGUGUAGAUAAAGUCAUACUUUGAUUUGGUGGGUUCUUCCUUCUUGUACUCUUUUAUGUUGGUGACUGGUGAUGACCUGACACUGGAUAUAAAUGAAUUUCCAAAAAUAUUGUCAUCUUUACUGAAUUCAAACGCGGUUCCAUCGGGUUUUCCUUCUUUUAAGGCCUUCAAAUCACUAAUACUUCUAUAGUUCACUCGAUCAGUCAUUUCCUUGAUCACUAACGAACACUCAUCGAAAAUAGCUGGCCAGAGAUAUCCCUUUCUAUUUCUGGCAUUAUAGAUUGCAUUUCUCAACUUGAUUCCUUCCGGAUCCUUGGCCAUGGAAAUAUAAGCUAAUUCUUGAAAUGCUGUGACUCUACUCAACAGAUAUUGCGGGUCAACGUUGCGUAAUCCUGAAAGAAGACAGUUUAUUGGGUCAGCCAGAUAUGUUGAGAUUGGCUUGUUUCCAUCAAGACACCCAAUUGUGGCAUACACUUCAAAGGUAUGAUUAGCGAUUUCCCAGCCCAAGUAAGUGGUGUAAGCAACAUAUGCCAAGUGCAAGUAUGUCUUGAACGAUGUAGCUGAUGGUGGAAUGGAUGGGUCGAGUCCAAGCAAAAGAAUAAGCAAGACGUUGGUUUUGUAGAUUAGUGGUUUGAAGAAGUAGUACGAUAAUGGAGUCACGAUGGCGAUGAUUAUGGAUAAACCCAAGGAGUGGCCGAUUAACUGAGGAAUUCGACUGAACAAGUACUUCUCUGGGGUUCUUUUGCUGUUUCCAUACUCUAAUUGCAACCUGUUUCUUUGAAAUAUGAUAUGAUGACUACUGUAUAGUAAAGCCACUACUAGAGGACAGUACCAGUAGUAUACCCAUUCGUCAUUGAUCAAUGGGUUCUGUCUAUAUUCUUUUGAAAGCAAGUAGUAAUCAAACGCAAACGGUAAUUGAAACAUAUACACAGCAUGGAUCAAAUAACUUGAAAUGACAUAGAACAAACUGUACUUGACAAAAGUCAUCAGAAACACACUAUGGUAGAUCUGGGAACCCAAUGAUUUGUGUACGGAGUAGUCGACAGUAG